CAAUAAGUAUGGGGAAAACUAAAACUGGAUUAACUGCUACUACUUUUACAGUAUUAGCAUUCGUGCUUAUUUUUAUAGCGUUUGUGACACCUUACUGGUUGGAAACUGAUGGGCAGCUAGAGCGUCCUAAAUUUAUAAGAAUAGGGCUGUGGCAGGUGUGUUUCCGAAACUUCGAAGACACGCACCACUGGUAUGACACUAAAUUCACUGCUUGCUGGUGGGUGUUUGAAGAGGAGUUCUACAUCAUUCGGGAUCUGCUGUUGCCAGGUUUCUUUGUGGCGACGCAGUUCUUCUUCACGAUGACCUUCACACUGAUGUUGGUUGCCAGUUUCUUGACAGCGCUUUAUCUGUGCUGCAGUCGUCACCACGAUAGGUUCGUCUUGCUGCUGUGGGUGAUCGGCGGUGACCUGCUGAUUGCCGCGGGAUCCGGCACCAUCGCCGUCGUGGUUUUCGGCGCCAUGGGCGACGGUCGCGUCUGGAUGCCCAACUGGGAGCACAACGACCUGUCGUGGUCGUACGCCCUGGCGGUGCUGGGAGUGAUGCUGCUGUACGCGGGAGGCAUCCUGUUUGUGGUGGAGGGGCGUAGGCACCGGGCCAGGCAGCGCAAGGCUCAGCAGCAGCUAGCCCCGCAUCACUCCGCCUACGCCAUGGAGCAGCGCAAGGGCCACACUGUCAUAUGAGCGCGUCCGCGGCCGCCCCGAGCGACGUUCUUCCCAUCCCUCCCGCGGUUGUCGUCAUAUGUUUCAUUUGCGAUGCAUGACAAUAUGAGUAACAUUUAGUUUGUUAGCAAGAGGAACUUAGUGUUGCAACACUGUUUAUUAAGGCAGCCCCAUUGGCUGUUGUGGAGAUACAUAUAUUUUAUCAGCAUAAUAAGUUAAAAACGCACAUUAAUGGUGGGUUUGUGUCGUUUGAAUGCUUAUCAUUGUAGCUAAGUCAAGUGAAUCUGUUUUUAUUAGUAGCUAGUUAAACUGUUUAGCUAUUGUAAGCAGGAAGGAAGCAUGGCCAUAAAAUUAAAAUUGUCUUUCACAAAAGGCACUGUGAAGCAGAAAAGGGAUUGGAAGAUUUUUCAAUAUUUCAGACAGAUUUUGAUAGUUCAUAUGUAACUCAAGAGAAUUCUUCUAUAACUUAAGUCUAUGCACAAAUUAUAUUAUUUUCAUAUUUAUGUCUUCCUAAUUUAUAGCAAUAAGUAAAAACAGUGGAAAAUAGAGUUAAUAAUUCCUGCUGGUAGCAUUUAUAUUUUAUCUAUUAGAUUAAUAUAAUAAUAAGUGUUGCAUGAUAUUAAAACAAUGCAAAAUUAAAAUAGUUGAAAAGUGUUUCAUUGCAUUUGAGAAGCCUACUAAUUAGAAAAAAAAAAAAGCUUUAAUUAAGAUAAUAUUUUUUGAUAGUAAGAAAGGUGUUAUCACUUAUAAACCAUGAAAUAAGUAUUGGACAUCAGGAUUUUUCGAAUCAUAAGACCCUAUCACUUUGCCUCACAUGCACCCAUACACCAUGCUAAGCUAGUCUCCUCGUGCAUAUUUCUGCUUUUCAAAACAGCUUUGUUGAUAAUACUACUCGUUCUGCAUCACUUGGACACUUCAUUGCUGGGCCACUGGAAGGGGCUAAUUGACUUCUGUUAGUACCUGGGUAUAAGUGGAGAUAAGCAAACACCAAAGAUGUCACCUAUCCCAGCGUGCCGUUCAGCAUACUGCUGUCAUUGUUACUGUUUUUUAUCAUUAAAACACGUGACAUCAGACCUCAGUGCAGAGCUUCGUAAGAAACCAUGCAAUUUGAAAACUGCUCGAGAUAUCCGAGUGGUAUCUGUGUCAUAAAAGCAUUUAAGAUUGUGCUGAGGGCAGAUGAUCAGUUUUGUUUCUGUAUUUUGUUUUUCAACUGUACUUUCAGAUGUGUGAAAAUGGUUAAAACACGUGGUUUCAGGAUAAGUUUUUAGAGACAAUAUGCCUGGUGCAAAUUCUUGAAAGCAUUAAAAGGACUUUCAUUAUAUCUUUAUCUUCAUUUCUCCACUAUCUAAUGUUAUGACUACCACUCAGAUCUCGUAGUUUCUGUAUGCACGACGAUAAGACUGCACAUCAGUUCAGAGCCUCGAGCAUAUAGGUGAUACAGUACUAGAAACACUAGCAAGUGUCGUACAUAUAAUCCCGCCUCACCAUGAAAAAUUAACCCCUUUAACUUGAGAGGUUUUGCCUCCGUCAUCUGUCUGUGUAUCGACAACCAACGUUUCUUUUUUUACUUCCAAAGCUGCACUUCAGUAUUUCAAUGUUGAAAGUUCUGUCUCUUUUAAUUUACGCUUGUAUCUUUGAUACGAAUUUCCGCUGUCUUCAGCAACCGGUUUUAGUGUUUUACUUUAUAUUUUUAUACAUUAGUAUAUUAGUUUCUACAGGAACUGUUACAUCUCAUUAUUGAUCUGAUAUUACUUCUUGCAUGUAUUUUGCUGUGCAAUUUUGUAAUUGUGUGUUAAUUCAAUGUAUGUUAUGUUUUAGUGUUAUUUAGACAGUGUUACAUCACUGUAAUUGUAUUACUCAUGAUAUUUCAAUGAUAAAACCAUGCCAAAAGAUUUUAUGGCAUGAUAGUUAAGUUGUAUUCCUGAUUUCUCAAAACAUAUUAUUUUUAAUUACUUUAUCCUGGAAUAGUUACAAGAAUAGAACUAAAUUUGUGACAGUUAUAAAAAACAAUGCUUAAAGUAUUUUGUAGUAUUAUUAAUAUGUAGUUACAUUCCAUAAUCUUAAGAUUUGUAUUUUAUUUACGUAUCAGUAUGUCAGCCAUUGAAAUGUUUUUAUCAUGCUCAAAAUUUCUUAUUUUAAUUCUAUAAUUUACAAAAAUGGAGGUAUGUUUUAAUUAAAUAACCCUUCUUAAUAAACAUGAAAGUUACGGUAUAUUUAAGUAAUUUUUUACAUUGAAUUCAUCAUUAUUUCCACUAGUAUUGCUUAACGACGGGAUGCAAACAAGAAUGUUUACUGAAUUCUUGUAUGUUUUAGUGUAGAGGUUAGUUAUAUCUUUUUAUUUCGUGAAUAACCUAUUUAUUUCCAAGAUGUGAUGGUCAUUUGACUGUUGCAACUCUAAAGAAACACGUACCUAAAUUCUUCAGUUUCCCAAAAAGAAAAAUAAGUCCAACCUGUCAGUAAGUGUCCAUACAUAACCUUUUUAUAGUUUUUAAGGUCUGUAAAAAUGACUUAACUUAUAGUGUAGUUAUUUGUCAUGACUUAAAGAAGCUUCAUUGUUAAAUAACAGUUUUGAGCCAUGGCUCACUGCUAUUUCAGUCAUAGUGACAUAUUAGCAAGCAAACUACUUCAACAGUGUAUUAUAUGAGAUUUCAUAAUACAGCAUAAAUCUGAAAGACAUUCACUCAGUGCUAGUAAGCAAAUUUACUUUUAUAGUAGUGUGGAAGCUAUUGUAAUUCAAAAAUGUUUUUGAUUAUUUUAAGGCAUAUUUUUUGAUAGUUGUUACUGAACAAUUUCUAUUCAAUGAUGUUUUGGCAGAAUCUUUAUAAUAGUGGAAUUUUUUAUUCGUGCAUUGUAACGUACCGUGGUGUUGCAGUAAAAUUAUAGUUUUCUCAAGUAUAUACAUAUCUGCACUUAGUAAAUAUUUCACAACACACUGUGUCUUGAGAAGUGUAAAUUGUAAUUUUUAUCCUAUUAUGUGUAAUUACAGUUGUGCAAUCCAAGAUGUUGCAAAGGUGAAUGUUUGUUUUUGGUACAUUAAUUAUUUUCAAUAGUUAGUUAAUCCUAUAGUGCUAAAUAUCAGUUUUUGGGCACUGAUUUUAUUGCUUUUUCUGCAUUUACGUAUUUCACAGUUUCAAACUUAAAUAGAAAUGUUGGACAUGUUAAGUGAAGUGUUUUUCUGAAAUUAACAUUAGCAUUAGUUCCACUACAGUGUACUUUUAAUCAGGGGUGCCCACAAGGGGGGCUAACGACGCAGACUGCGUCAUUA